AUGGACAAAAUAUCGGAACCCCUCACCAAGGAAGAAGACGAUAAAGUUUCCGAAUAUGUUACUAACGCAGAGGAACUCAUCGCCAGUACUACUGAUAUGCUUCUUAAGUUGGAAAUGACCAAGGCUAGCCUAGCCUCUCAUAACCUUACAUUUUCAACAUAUACUGGAUCUCAUUCUCCUCCAGAAGUUCCUGCAGCCAAGAUAGAGCUGCCGAGGAUACCAAUAGCGGAGUUCAACGGCAAAAGCUGGCAGUGGGAUAGCUUCUGGGAGCUAUUCAACGCUACGGUGCAUUCUCUACCGCUCUCAAAUUUGCAAAAAUUCAACUAUCUUGUGAGAGCAUUAAAAGGAGAAGCCCGUGAAUCAAUAGCUCGUUUUCAAAUCACUUCAGAAAACUACCCGCUAGCAGUAGAGCAUUUGAAGGAGAGAUACGGCAACGUCCAAAAUAUAAUCACUGGACUGCAUCGACAGCUAGAGCAUUGGAGUGCUAGGAGCCCAUAA